AAUGCACUUCCGACUCAUGAACUCAUUCAGCCGGGGGCGCGCUGACUGUGCUGCUAACAGCUAAUCAGCUAGCGGAGCAGGGAUAAACAGAGCCGGACGAUUCACAACACACAGUAAACCAGAGUAAUCUGCCCUAGUGUAAACAACUGAUAUAAUCUGACCACAAACGGCAAAGGAACUCUUAUCCCAGAUGACCAUGUUCUGUGUCCUAUAAUAAAAAUAAUAAUCGAAACACUACUAUACAAUCCAAGGCAUCUGUGCUUUCUCUCUUCACUCUCAGCAAAAUGGAAACGGAAGCUGAGGUAAUCCCUAUUUGGCAAAAUAAACCACAUGGAUCAACUCGUAGUGUGGUUAGACGAAUCGGCUCCACACUGCCUCUUAAACCCUGUACCAGGGCUUGUUUCCAGGAACUCCCAGGGCUUCCGCCAAUGCGUUCUAUGGACGGUCCUAUGGUGCCUACAUUGGCAGAUAUUGCCUGGAUCGCAGAUGACGAGCAGGAGACAUAUGCCAGAGUCAGGAGUGACACGCGUCCCCUGAGGCAUGAGUGGAGGCCAACGCCGCUGCUGGUUAUGCACAGGAACUCGUCUGUGCCAAACUUCAGACGUGAAGGCAGGCGAGUCGAGGGUCUGAGGAAACCAGGUGUAACCACUUUUAACCGGACAACAGCUUUACAAGAUGAGCUGAGUCGACUCCGAGCCCAGAUCGCCAAGAUUGUCGCUACAGAAUCAGAUUCGAACCCCAUUACCCCUGACCUGCUGUCCCCUGAUGACACUAGUGUGGGCUUUUCCAUGGCUCCUUUUGAGACCGCUGCUUACCAGCCUGCCCCCACAGCCUCCUUUGUCAUCAGUGAUGUCACAGAGGAAGAGGAGGAAGAAGAGGAGGAGGAGGAGGAAGUGUCAGAGCUAGUGCCUGAUCCUGUGCCACCAGUUUCCAUGACUGCAUCUGCAACUUUUGAUCUCGAUCGUCCUACUAUGGACUUCCGAGAGCCAGAGGAGGAUACUGUGUCCCUUUCAAAAUCAACAAGCUUCGCUGAUGUCAUGGACAUCCUGAAAGAUAUGAACCGCAUGAAGAUGAGCAAGGACCGAUAUAACCGUGGGUGCACCUCACUAAUGGAGGUAGAUUCUGCCUCUCUUAUAUCUGAAGCAUUGCGGAAGAAAUUCAUUCUGAAGGAUGAUGACAUCAGUGUGAGGAAAUAAUCAAUCAUCCAAACCCUCACAGCAGACUCUCCAUUCCCAUGCCUGUGGACCGUUGCCGUGAAAACCCCAUAAAGCCUCUCAAUAAACCCAAUGGACAACUUUUGUGUUCCUCAGCGCUCCCACAAUGCUGCACUGUGGUGACACGUCUGGAAGGAAAAGAAGCAGUUCUCGUCAGCUCAUACACACACACACACACACACACACACACAUUAGAAAUUUGUUGGCUACUCAGUGCAAGUUGGAGAGUUUGUGUGUGUGUGUGUGGUCCAUAAGCAUAGCCUUGAUCAGUGAUCACUGAGCCUUUUUUGUUCCAUCAUAGACUUUGUGAAAUCCAAGCACUACUUCCUGGUUUACCCUUAAUCUUUUUUUGUCAAUUUCAAUAGGACAGUAAUAUCUUUAGACCCUUUAACAAGCGUGCAAUUCCACACUAUACUAUUCAAGCCAUGAAACCACAGAAGAGUCCUGGAGGUGCCCAGUCCCAGUGUAUCUACUUGUAGAUGUAUAGUUGGAGCUGUAGCAGUGUUUCUCUUGCCUUACACGUUCCCUCAUAUAAACCCUGUAAUACUUGAAACCAUUUUGAUGCGUGAUCUGAUGUUACAAUACUGACAUGCGUUUGCCUCUAUUUAGAGACUAAACAAAAAGAGGUUCUUCUAUUUAAAGGGUUUUUGGUGUGUCCAUGUGCACUGAAGACUUUGUAUUGCGUUCACCUGUAAUUAGCGCUCUGUGAUGUUCCCUUUUACCCUACAGACCUUUGAAGUGUAUAUUGUACCAGAACACUGGUGUGGUUUAGCAACAUAAGUUUGAAUUCAUAAUGUGUGUGCUUUAUGUUCAGGAAGUACAUGGGGAAAUAAAAUAUUGUUGGUUUUUGCUUGUCAGGCAGGUUGUAAAUGUUUCUGUAAAAUCUGAAUAGCAUGUGUGAUGUGGUGUUGGGUGUGACUAGAAGCCAGUUUUGAGGAUGCCUCAUGUUUUAUAUGACGAUGAAGGAUGCUUUUUUUCCUUUUGCAAAGUGUAACAAGAAGCUAUUUUAAUGCAUACGUUGCUUUGUGCCACGGUUGCUCGCUAAAGUGGGAAUCAAGCCCAACAUGUGUUUUUUAUUUGUUUCACAUUCUUUAGACAUGCCUGCAGCCUGGUUCCAUCAGUCUUACACAUUGCAUUAGAAGAGAAAUUUGGUGUUUUUAAACGUUUUUUUCUAACUCCACAAUGCUCCAGUGCAGUGAAAUGCUUUUAUAGUUACCUUCAUAACAUCAAUAAAAGCUAUGACUACCUAAAUUUUUUUUUUCUAGUUUACAGUACAAAUGGCUUUUUUCAGAGUUACAUUAAUAAACAAGUUUGUUACAGUCAAUGCUAAUAGGUGAAUAGAGCUGUAAUAUCAACUGUUAUAUAUCACACACUUCACAUACUAAGGUAUGUCCGUGUACCUGUCAGUAACAGGUAAAAUGUGUGUGUGCUGCUCUUCCAUUCUGACUGCGGUUUCAUUUAUAUUUUCAACCAUAGAAAACACUGCAAGUUUGCUUUGAUUCAGGCCAGUUUUGCAGUGCCAUGUUUUUUUAGAAAACAGAAACUUGUGUACUUGUGUUUUCUUAUUGUCAAAUAAGAGAAUUCUAUUGACUCCUGUUUAUGCACAAGAGGAAAUAAAUGGUUUAAAAGCA